CCAGGCCAGAAAAUACCCUUCACUACAGCUCGUUUCAACCCAGGUUUGGCAAGAACUUUGAGAGGAAACCGUUUUCAUGAUGUCUCACUGCACCAAAUUCUCCAGCCACUGGAAGAUCAUCGUUUGGGAUGAGGAGUGUUUCCAGGGCCGUCGACAUGAGUUCACAGCUGAGUGCUACAACAUCAUGGAGGCCGGCUUCGAAACCGUGCGCUCCAUGAAGGUGGAGAGUGGAGCUUGGGUUGGCUAUGAACACUCUGGGUUCCAAGGGCAGCAGUUUAUCCUGGAGCGAGGCGAGUAUCCACGAUGGGAUAGCUGGAGUGGCAGCAACGCCUACCACGUCGAGCGUCUGACUUCCUUCCGACCAAUCGCCUGCGCUAACCACCGUGAAUGCAGGAUGUCCAUGUACGAGAGAGAGAACUUUCUGGGAAGGAAGGGCGAGUUGGCUGAUGACUACCCAUCUCUGCAGGCCAUGGGCUGGUGCAACAACGAGGUUGGAUCCUUCCGCAUCCAUUCUGGAGCGUGGGUGUGUUAUCAAUUCCCUGGAUACCGUGGCUACCAGUUCAUCAUGGAGUGCGACCACCAUUCUGGUGAGUACAAGCACUGGCGAGAAUGGGGAUCUCACUCGCAAACCUUCCAGAUCCAAUCCAUCCGCAGAGUCCAGCAGUAAUCAAGCCAACUGGAUUUCACCGCACGCUCUUCAAGGACGCGUUUUAAUCUUCAAAGCUCCA